CCGGCGGUGACAGCGGGCGGGGCGCGCUCUCGCAGGCGGGCGCCGGGAGCGGGCGGGACAGGACGGGCCAGGCCGGGCCAGGCCGGGCCAGCCAGGCUGCCCUGGGCGCCGCGCUCCUGUGCCAGCGAGCGCUUUGCGCCGCAGCCAUGACGGUGGAGUUUGAGGAGUGCGUCAAGGACUCGCCGCGCUUCAGGGCAACCAUCGACGAGGUAGAGACAGAUGUGGUGGAGGUCGAGGCCAAGCUGGAUAAGCUGGUCAAGCUGUGCAGCAGCAUGAUAGAGGCUGGCAAGGCCUAUGUCAGCACCAACAGGCUCUUCGUGAGUGGUGUCCGUGACCUGUCCCAGCAGUGCCAGGGUGACGCCGUCAUCUCGGAAUGCCUGCAGAGGUUUGGAGAUAGCCUGCAGGAGGUGGUCAACUACCACAUGAUCCUGUUUGAUCAGGCACAGAGGUCCGUGCGGCAGCAGCUCCAUAACUUUGUCAAAGAGGAUGUGCGGAAGUUCAAGGAAACAAAGAAGCAGUUUGACAAGGUGAGGGAGGACAUGGAGCUGUCCUUGGUGAGGAAUGCACAGGCCCCGAGGCACCGGCCCCAUGAGGUAGAGGAGGCCACGGGGGCCCUCACCCUCACCCGGAAAUGCUUCCGCCACCUAGCCCUGGACUACGUGCUCCAGGCUUCUCCCUGGCAGAUCAAUGUUCUCCAGGCCAAGAAGAAGUUUGAAAUCCUGGACUCUAUGCUGUCCUUCAUGCAUGCCCAGCACAGCUUCUUCCAGCAGGGCUACAGCCUCCUACACCAGCUUGAUCCCUACAUGAAGAAGCUGGCAGCUGAGCUGGACCAGCUGGUUGUUGACGCAGCAGUGGAAAAGCGAGAGAUGGAGCGCAAGCACGCCGCCAUCCAGCAGCGGGACUUCUCCUACGAUGAGUCCAAAGUAGAGUUUGAUGUGGAUGCGCCCAGCGGUGUGGUGAUGGAGGGCUACCUCUUCAAGAGGGCCAGCAAUGCCUUCAAGACAUGGAAUCGGCGCUGGUUCUCCAUUCAGAACAGCCAGCUGGUCUACCAGAAGAAGCUCAAGGACGCGCUGACCGUAGUGGUGGAUGACCUCCGCCUGUGCUCCGUGAAGCCAUGCGAGGACAUCGAGAGGAGGUUCUGUUUCGAAGUCGUGUCACCUACCAAGAGCUGCAUGCUGCAGGCCGACUCUGAGAAGCUGAGGCAGGCCUGGGUGCAAGCGGUGCAAGCCAGCAUUGCCUCCGCCUACCGCGAGAGCCCAGACAGCUGCUACAGUGAGAGGCUGGACCGCACAGCAUCCCCAUCCACAAGCAGCAUUGACUCUGCCACGGAUGCUCGGGAACGCAGCACCAAGGGUGAAAGUGCACUGCAGCGGGUGCAGGGUGUGGCUGGUAAUAGCCAGUGCGGUGACUGCGGCCAGCCAGACCCCCGCUGGGCCAGCAUCAACCUGGGUGUGCUGCUCUGCAUUGAGUGCUCUGGCAUCCACAGGAGCCUGGGCGUCCACUGCUCCAAGGUGCGGUCCCUGACACUGGACUCCUGGGAGCCAGAGCUGCUGAAGCUGAUGUGUGAGCUUGGGAACAGAACUGUCAACCAGAUCUAUGAGGCCCAGUGCGAGGGUGUGGGCAGCAGGAAGCCCACAGCCAGCAGCCCCAGGCAGGACAAGGAGGCCUGGAUCAAGGACAAAUAUGUGGAAAAGAAGUUUCUGCAGAAGCCACCCACAGCACCAAGCCGAGAUGCUCCAAGGCGCUGGCGGGUGCAGAAGUGCCCACGCACCCACAGCUCUCCCCAUGCCGCCACCACCCUCCGCAAGGGCCAGCUUGAGCCCGUCCUGCCCUCUGUUGCUGCCCUAUCCUCAGCGGGCACUCUGGAGCACAAGUUCCGCCGGGAUUCCCUCUUCUGCCCAGAUGAGCUAGACUCCCUCUUCUCCUACUUCGAUGCAGGGGCCACGGGGACUGGUCCACGCAGUCUGAGCAGCGACAGUGGCCUGGGCGGCAGCUCUGAUGGCAGCUCGGACAUCCUGGCCUUCGGUGUGGGCGUGGGCUCCAUGGUGGACAGUGUCAGGGAAGAGGAGGGUGUGGAGUCUGAGGAGUCCAGUAGUGAGGUGGAUGUGGAUGCCGAGGCUGAGGCCUGGGGCCCGGCUGAUGUGCGCGAACUGCACCCUGGGCUACUGGCACACCGCGCUGCACGUACCCGAGACCUCCCCGCACUGGCCACAGCACUGGCCCACGGGGCUGAGGUCAACUGGGCUGACGUGGAGGACGAGGGCAAGACACCAUUGGUGCAGGCCGUGCUAGGGGGCUCCCUGAUCGUCUGCGAAUUCCUCCUGCAAAAUGGAGCAGAUGUGAACCAAAGAGACAGCCAGGGCCGGGCGCCCCUGCAUCAUGCCACACUAUUGGGCCACACCGGCCAGGUCUGCCUGUUCCUGAAGCGGGGGGCUGACCAGCAUGCACUGGACCAAGAGCAGCAGGACCCACUGACCAUCGCAGUACAGGCAGCCAAUGCCGACAUUGUCACACUGCUCCGUCUGGCACGCAUGGCUGAGGAGAUGCGGGAGGCUGAGGCGGCCCCAGGCCAGCCUGGCUCCCUGGCGGGCAGCAGCCCCACAGAGCUCCAGUUCCGAAGGUGUAUCCAGGAGUUCAUCAGCCUCCACCUAGAGGACAGCUAAGGCUGGCGGCUGGGCGGCAGGUGGCGGGCGGGCAGCUGCCAGAGCCCCAGCCGCCCAGCUGAAUGCCCCGCAUGCCUAUGAAGACCCUGGCCCUCGCAGCUGCACCCCACCCCUGUCAACACGCCAUUUCCAACAGCCCCAGUGCCUGGUGCCGGGCAAGCCCCUGCCCCCUCUUUUCCCCUCCUUCCAGCUGCCUGGACCCAUGGGCCAGGAGAGGGACCCUGGGGACAGGAGCAGACCCCAGCACCGAGUCUUCGAAGCCCACGAUUCCCUGGGAGGUGCUGCGUCAUUUGGUGCCCUCACCCCUACUGGGGACCCUCUCUGUGCAGGUCAUAACUUCUCCAGGGCCUGGGUUGUUCGUUUAUGUCUCAAAUCACUCUCAAGAUCUGUACCUCUUCAUGUCCCCACUUGACGGCCUCAGAACUCUGACCUGCUAGUUGGGUCCCUCCCACAGACCCCCAGAGCCCCACCUCUAGGCCCUGGAGCUGGUGGCUGGCUGCCAGCACCUUCCUAGGGCAGGAUGGUGGCCCAUGCAGGGAGCCAACUCAAGUACCUCAUGCAGCGACCCUGGAACCCAGGCUGGGCUCCACAGGUGCUGGGCAGGUGGGACUCUACCUGGGCCCUCAGGUCUGGCUGGACGCGGGCGUCCCAAGGCCAUGUGGCUGGCCACACAGACCCCCCUGCCAGACACCCAGGCCUGUCCCUGCCUCCUUCCAAGACCCGUUCUCAUGGAACUCAGCCCAGAGCCUGUGCAUAGGCCACAUGGCCACGUUCCACCCACACCUGACGUCCUUUGUUGCUGAGUGGAUUUUCUAUGGUGACCUUGUUUUGACUCUGUGUCUUUCCUUUAGACUUUCAAGGACCACUUUGACUCCAGCUCUGCCCACUUAUGGGAGAGGCCCCUAUUCUUCUGCACUGCUCCCUCCCAGCCUUGCCCCUUAGGACUCUCUGAUGGGUCCAGGGACCCCUCACUUAUUUUGUGGGGCCCACCAAUGCCUUCAUGUUCCCCUGAACAUAGGUUGGGCCUCCCAGCUGUGGGCCUUCAGGCCAAGGUCAGUCAGCUAGCCACUAUGCAAUGCUGCCCGGAGGCUCUGUGGGCAAGGUGGUCACAGCAUACCCCACCCCCGUGCCUGCUGACUAUGACCCUCUAAAGAGCAUAAUUAACCCCUUUCUCCCUCUGCUUGAGCUUGGCCCCUCCUCCGGCCCUGCCCAGGCCUGGGGGUCCACCCUCCUGCUCUGAUCAGUUGCUCAUUGUUAAUAAAACGCUUGCGCCCUCUGCCUGCCCACUA